UAAGAACUAACGAUGUAUUUUAUUUACAGGUAAACUUAGGUAGUUGUAUUACUUCCACUGCAGGGUGAUGAUACUAUUACCGAAGUUUUACAUAUCUACUCAUACAUAUACAAUACGUAUUGAGUUGACAUUUUCUAACGUUUUACUCUUAGAAAACAUUGAUCCCGGCGGUUCGUCACCAAUGUGCAUAGGGACUCUGCUGUGUAUGUUGGAAUUGCAUCUCAGAGGUGGCGCCACGUCUAUAUCCAAAUAUCAGAUACCCCCACGGGUGAUUAUGAUGACAGAUGGACGUCCUACUGAUGACAAUAGGUUCCGGCAAAAGGAAGUCGAAUUCGGAGUGAAAUCGCCAACGGUUAAAGAAAAUGUGCUGCUUGCCAUGGACGAAAUGAGGCAUCAUGGAUACGAAGGUGGUUUUUGUUCCAGUUGGACAGGCAAUCAACAGAGUAUUUUUAGCUGACAUGGCUGAACGAGCGGAUGGCUGCAUAGCAGAGAUUGAAGACCUCAGCAACGUUAAGAAACACUUUUUAUGCCAUUACACCAUUGCCAAGGUGAUCGGCAUUUGUAGAGAUAUUGAUUUUGAGGACCUAUUCAUGAAUGUGAUGGACAACGAAGCGGCGGCUUUGUUAUCAAGUACCUGGUCCGACACCCCAUUCACAGAGACAGAUGUGAUAAUGAUGAAAAGAGAAUUUGAGAAAUCUGAAGAACUGAAAGACAUAGAAUAUCCACAUUUAAAUCUACCUCCCAUUGGAAGUCGGGUGUCAAUUCCAGCUUAUUCACAGUCGUCUUACGUCUCCCUGCCUCACUUUGGGACAGUGAUCCAACAAAAGUCAACAGGAACUAUUAAAGUGGAAUGGGAUGCUGGAAUGAUCACUUUCCUUGACUGGAAUAAGGAUAUGAAGAGGCUAGGAAUUCGAACUGUGAAGGAACCUAGACACCUGACACAUGGCUCCCUCAUUGAUGUGGGUGUUGCGGUCACCAAAGCUCAUAAGGUCACGGGACAGCCUUCAGAUACUGUACAAGGACGAGUCUUUCUAACUACAAACAAUGGCUAUGUGAAGGUUCGUUGGGAUGAUGGCACUAUUGGUAGACAUAAGUAUGGAGCCGACGCCACUUUCGACCUACACAUCGCUCUGGAGUCAUAUCCUCUAGAUUCGUAUGUAUGGCAGUAUAAAGAGGACAAUGGGAGCUGGGUGACUUAUCCGACAGGGGAUUUAUCGAGAAUUGAAAACGCAGUCAUCAAACGUAAUAAAACAGUCAUUACCAAUUCCGGAAGAAUUAUAUUUAACAAGAUGACGGAAACCCUUACACGUGGUGAACAGAAGAGACAACGAGACGUGAGACGCAUUAUUGUAGCGGAGAUGAUUGAGUGAGACCGCAAGAGAGAGAGAGAGAGAGAGAGAGAGAGAGAGAGAGAGAGAUGCGUCAUAGGUUAUGGUAUCAAUAUCUGUGUAUUUUUGUUUCCACUCGUCAGUUGACUCUUUCCUUCAUGAAUUCAUUCAUAUAAAGCACUGAUCAUAAGCACUAGAGUAAAAAUAUCUACAUCACAAGUCAUAGUAUUCAAUUAAUAAAAUAUACCGAUUUUGUAUCUUACCUUAAUUCAAUGUCUAAGCACCAUCUACUUCAUGUCUUCUCGGUGGUAAUUUAGAAUACAAUCCAUUGAUAUUGUUACUAAGAUCUUUCGACAUAUGGUAUCGUGUAAUUCAACAUCUAAUAGAUAAUUGUUUUUUAUGCUUACACUGUGCGUACGUUACGCUUCCGUGGUGUUAAUACGCGGAACAACCUAUAUUUCUGUAUUCAUAUAAGUACAUAGAUAUUUUCUAUUUCUGUCCCGUUAUUUAACACUGUAUAAUAGGGACUCAUAACUCGGUCAAAUUACUCCUCGUCUUAGUAUUAUUUGUAUUGUAUGAGUUAAUCUUGUGGUGUGUAUGGCAAUAGCUGAUGUCAUUGCAUGCUUGCUCUGAUCGUUUGUGAUAAUCACAAUACUGCGUGAUUUCAGCAUACAAAGCGUGUAACAAGGUGUAUUUCACAAUACUGUAUAAUUAUAUUGUAUGACGUCUUGCUAUGGGGUCUACUCAACUUUGUGCGCUAUGUCUCAGUUAUACUAUCUAUAACAAUAAUGUAUAACGUAUGGUGUAAUGUUUUUAAAACUCAUUAUCAUAAUGGUGUAUGACAGCGUAGUAAAAAAUGGUAUCACUGUACACAAAUAUGCACACCGCGAACAGUUUAGAAGCAUGACUAAGUGAAAAUUUCAACGUGCGAAAAUACCCGCUUUUACAGUAUGUGUUGAUCUAUGAUGAUGUAGUUGAGGAUUGUAGUGAUGUCUAUUGUAUCUACUCUAUCAUUGUCAAUAUCACUGUAGAUAACUUUAAUAGUACCGAUAUAUCACUGUGUUUUACUAUGGUACUUUAUGGUAUGUUAUGCAUGCCAAUAUCAUAUGAUGUGUCUGUCCAUGUACGUGUCAUUAUGUCAGGUGUGAUCUUGAGUCUGGAUGUAUUUUCUUUUCUUUUAAUGUUGUUUGAGAUGAAUUUUUAUCGUUCUUUAUUUCUGUAGCUCUUCAUACUUGAAGGAAAUAAUAGACACCCGUUCCUGAUGUAAUUAAACGUAUGCAUACAUCCAAAGAUAGCAGGAUAUUGAUAAUUAUGUAAGAUACAAUUGUAAUUGGAUGAGAAAAGGGAGAGAAAGAGAGUGAAAGUGGGAGAGAUAAUUGUAAUAGAAUGGUAUCAAAAUGUCGCUGAAAUACCAACGACGCACUGUGUAUAUUAAUUAAAUAUAAAAGUAUAUCGAUAAUUUACUAAUUUACUAGUAUUACACUAGCAGUAUUUAGGGACGAAUCGUCUUUGAACUCUUCGAUAUACUUUCACGUGCGGGGGAAUUCAAAAUAUCUCAUCCGUUGGUCGCAUAGCGUUCUAGUGUUGAACAUGAUACAGUCACGCUAGUAUCCGCCCUCGGCCCACGUUUGCCGAAGGGUUCAUUGUUGUUUCUCCAGUUACAAAAACAUUAUUCUUAUUGUAUUUUAUUGUAUUUCCAGUACUUCUUAUAUAUAUUAUGUGAUUGUAUUUGUAUUUUUUGUGUUUUGAUAAAGGGGCGGAUUGCCUCGAAAAUUU